AACUUGUACGUCUAAUUUUCUGGCGCAUUUCUUUUUUUACUUAGUUCAUUUUUCUCUUCUAUGAGUACUUGGGACAUUGAUACAGAGACUAGAUUAGGUGAUAAGCAGGGAGAUUUCAAUAAUGACUCAACUGGAAUCGAAAAGAGCAGCAAAAAUGUAACACUAUUUGAACAUUUCAGUGAGCCUUCAUUACCUCGUGAAAAUUUACUUCAUAAGGAGCAACCUUUUUUCACUUUUCAAACCGAAAAGGAGGAUAAUAAAGAAAAUAAAAACAAAGUAAGUUGCCACACACUACUUAAUCCCGAAAGGCCCGUAAAAUCCAAACUCGUUGCAACAAAAGAAUCAAAAGAAAAUAGUCACUUGCAAUCAUCGUCUUCAAAUUGCCUUGUUUCUACAGAGAAACUGAAUGAAAAAAAAAGUAGAAAAGAGCUGCUUUUAGAAUAUUUGGAAAAUAAGAAGGCCAAACAAGAGAAAUUAAAAAAAAACAAAACGCCACCGUUUUUAGUAAAAGCCCAUAUUUCUCCUCCCAAAUUUAUAGGUCUAAAAGAAAAAUUUGUGGAUCCUCACAUAAGAGAGAAAAUGUUGAAAAAACAGCAAGAAGAAUUGGUUGAAAAAUACAACAAGGAACAUGGCUCUGUAAGUAAAAACGGUGCUGAAAGAAAUUUCCAAGCCUCUAAAAAAUCUAGCAACUGCAGUUUAAUUUCUGAGACUUCAAAGACUGUUCAACCUAAAGUUAAAAAAACGCUCAAAAAAAGUAACUCUAAACUAGAUGAAGGCAUUCUGCCCGAUAUCAAAGAGAAAAAUGAAACUGCUGCGAAAAGUGCGGAGGAUUAUGUUCUAAGUUGUAACAUUUGCAGAGAAAAAUUAGAAAAAUUAUUCAAUCACUACUCUUCUUUUUUGGAAUUACAACUUCCUUCUGAAGUUACUGAAUUGCUGCACAGUACCUUGCAGCAAACCACGUGUAUUCUCAAAGAGCGUUUAAAAAAUUUCAACGAGUUAUGCAAACGUGGGACAAAUUUGGAAGAUCUCGGGGAUUUAUGGCGAAUAAUACGAUUGCAGAUCGACAUUAUUGAGGGGAAUUACAAUAUGUUAAAAGAUUUCAAAGAAAAGGAAUACACCAUCAACUCCCCAAAUCAAAGAGUUGACUUAAAUUACAAAAAAGUCACAGAAAAUUUAAAGCCUAUACAAAACGAAGAAGCCAGUGAAAAAACGCAACUUGAAAAAGAAUUUACUAUCAAACUCACUGUGAGCCGUCCCAGCGCCGCUUCUCUUAACACGCCCGAGCCGCGCCGAGUGCUCAACGCCGAAAACAUCGAGCCUACAGUGACUGAGAAGCUCGGUUCGGUCACCAGACUGGCAGCGAUUACCCCGUUAAAGCCCUCAAAGUUGGACCCCUCCUCCUUGCUUACCGGCUGCUUUAAUAGGAGGGCCAAUGAGCUUCCUGUCCUCAUGUCCCCCGUCCGGCGCUCUGCCAGACUUGAGGCGGAGAAGCUGAGAACGCCCGGAAGAUUUAGCCACUCAGAACUUUGCGUUUCGGAUAUCGAAGAAAUUCCGGAUGACCUGAACUUUGGGUUCGUGGAAAAUAAAGCUCUCAACUCGUGA